AUGGACGCCGUCAAACGAUUCUUCUCUUCCCCGCGCUUUGCGGUUGCUGGAGCCAGCAACGAUGCGAAUAAGUUCGGCUACAAGAUCCUUGCUUGGUAUCAUCAACACUCUCUGCCCGUCACUCCCUUGAACCCUCGAGCACCACAGAUCAAUCUCCCCUCCAAGUCUUACCAGACGGUCCCUUCGCCCAGCGCUCUGCCUUCUCCCUCUCAAACCUCGCUGUCGGUUGUUACCCCUCCUGCGGUAACGCUGCCUCUGCUUCAAGAGGCUCAUUCGGUCGGGAUCCCCGCGGUCUGGUUGCAGCCGGGGACCUUUGACGAUGCAGUGCUGGAAUACGCCCGAGAACACUUUGAAGCAGCGAUUGCAGGAGAUGGAGGACGAGGUCACGAAGGCUGGUGUGUGUUGGUGGAUGGAGAAGAAGGAUUGGAGGCUGCUGGCGUGCAGUGGACUAGUCAAAAGCUGUGA